AUGGUCGCCAUUUGGUUUUCCCACUUCCAUCCGACUUCCGUCCCACCUCCCGACUCUAGUCACUCUCUCUUUCUCCUUGUACUUUCCCCUCAAUCACAACUCCUCUCUACAACUCCUUAUAUAUUUCCUCACGUCUCACUCCACCCUUCUGUAGCUCUCACUCGUUAUUUCUCCCUCUUCCCUCCCACAAUCUAUCUAUCUAUCUAUCUAUCUAUCUAUCUAUCUAUAUCAGUCUCUUUCUAUCUAUCUAUCUAUCUAUCUAUCUAUCUAUCUAUCUAUCUAUCUAUCCCAGUCUCUAUCUAUCUAUCUAUCUAUCUAUCUAUCUAUCUAUCUAUCUAUCUAUCUCGGUCUGUUCAUAUCUCUAUCUAUCUAUCUAUCUAUCUAUCUAUCUAUCUAUCUAUCUAUCUAUCCCAGUCUCUUUCUUUCUUUCUUUCUUUCUUUCUAUCCCAGUCUCUUUCUUUCUUUCUUUCUUUCUUUCUUUCUUUCUCGGUCUGUUCAUAUCUAUCUAUCUAUCUAUCUAUCUAUCUAUCUAUCUAUCUAUCUAUAACACACCCAUUUUCCUCAGAUUUUCUAUCCCCUACUUUUCGAAAGACUCUUCAACGCUCUUCCAAGCAUACCAAUGAUACCGUCUUUCAUGUUUCCAUGGGGUAG